AUGUCCAUGCUUCACGCCGUGCACCCUGCAGCAGAGAACCCGCACCCCAGGGCGCUGAAGGCCCUGCCCGCGGCCCUGCCCGCGGCCCCGGAGAGAGCAGCCCUGGGAGAGAUCAGCAACCUGGCGGCGGUGAACCCCGUCCUGGCGGGGGCCAAGCAGAAGGGCGGGGUCAGGAAGGCCGUGUCCCGGCCGGCGGCCCACAAGAAGCCGGUCCCGGCCCCGGAGGACGAGUGGCAACCCUCCCCGGAGGACCAGAGGGACCUCCAGGACCUGGUCCCGGGCCCCCAGGCCGACGAGGGGGGGCUCUGCCAGGCCUUCUCCCACGCCCUGCUGGGUCAGCACCAGGUGGAGGACGUGGAUGAGCAUGAUGCCCACCUGCCCGAGCUCUGCGCCCACUACGUGAAGGACAUCUACGCUUACCUGCACACGCUGGAGGUCCAGCAGCCCGUCAGGCCCGACUACAUGCAGGGCUACGAGAUCACGGGCAGGAUGAGAGCUCUGCUGGUCGACUGGCUGGUCCAGGUUCACGCCAAGUUCCAGCUGCUGCAGGAGACGCUGUACCUGACGGUGGCCGUCCUGGACCGGUUCCUGCAGGUGUGUCCCACCUCCCGCCGGCGUCUCCAGCUGGCCGGCGUCACCUGCAUGCUCAUAGCCUGCAAGUACGAGGAGAUGUACGCGCCGGACGUGGGCGACUUCUCUUACAUCACGGACAGCGCCUUCAGCAAGGCCCAGAUCCUGAAGAUGGAGGAGCAGGUUCUGCGGAGCCUCCACUUCCAGCUGGGACGCCCGCUGCCGCUGCACUUCCUGCGCCGCGCCUCCAAGGUGGCGGGGGCCGACGUGGAGACCCACACCCUGUCCAAGUACCUGCUGGAGCUGACCCUGCUGGACUACAACAUGGUCCACUACCGUCCGUCUGAGGUGGCAGCUGCUGCUCUGUGUCUGUCCCAGCUGCUGCUGCGGGGCCGGGCCUGGUCGUCUGUGCAACAGCACUACUCCUCCUACGACGAGCAGCACCUGAAGCCCAUUAUGCAGCACAUGGCCAAGAAUGUGGUGAUGGUCAACGAGUCCAAGACCAACUUCCUGGCCGUCAGGAACAAAUACAAGAGCGACAGGCUGCUCCGGAUCAGCCUGGCGCUGCAGCUCAAGUCCUCCCUGAUCAGGAACAUGGCAGCUCCGCUGCUGCAGGAAUGA